UGGUAAGCUCACAUAAAUAACGCUUUAAGGAAAUCAUUUCGCCCUUUUCGUAUACUCAACAUAACGUAUCGAUCAGCGCGUAAUGAAUGAAAGCCUCGAAACUGUGAAGCUUCCUACCAUACUAUUGGUUGCGCUGCUUUAGGUAACGCCCAGUGCUAUCCAAGCUUUCAGUUACGCUAUACAAAAUAAGUAAAUAUACAUGGUAAUGGAUAGAAAAAGGUCGCUGUAUUUCGCAUCUCUGAUCCUGUUACUCGUUACGUAUCGAGGUAUACAUGGAGAGGAAGAUGAAGAAGAGGAAGAAGAGAAAGAAGAUAUAGUAGAUUACAAGUCGGAUGUUGAUACAGGCAAAUAUGUCUUUCAUGGUCAAGGUGUUACUCUCUACUGUAACGUUCGUAACAAAAAUCCUGACGAAGUUAAGAAAUUUUAUUGGGAUUUUAACGGCGAGAGAAUAUAUACCAAGAGGAAGUAUAUAAAUAUAGAAAAGAAUUCAAUUUUCUUUGGAGAAAUUGAUGAUCAGAACAAGAAUCCUUUCGCUAUACAUAUUAAAAGAGCGAGUAUUAAGAUGGCUGGAAAAUAUAAGUGCUCUGUAACUUAUCUUAAUGAAAAGACAGAAACAUCUGAGUUUUACCUUCCUGUAAUAAUGGAUGCUUGCAAAGAUUCUGAUUGGAAAUUCACUCUGAAUCGAGAAUCGUGCGAAGAGACCUUUGAAAUGAAGUGCGUUGGGGUGUUUCCAAGGCCCCUUCCUCAAUGUUUAUUCGAAGGACCUCAAGAAAAGCAAAGUAUUAGCUUGCAUAUCGAACAACUUCAUAAUAAAACCUAUAAAAUCUCCAUACACUCCAUAUAUAAGAAGAAAGAUUUCGAAGAGAAUGUCACAGAUCUUACACUCAGCUGUAAGUUUGUUUUGGAUGGAACCACCUACGAAUUUGGUAUUGAAAGACGCAUGUUUGGAGAGCGAGGAUGCCCGAAAGAUUAUCCGGAUGCCGGAGAAGGAUACGUUAACACCACUAAUAUCGAGAAUUCAUGUUGGAAUCAGCCUGCAAAUGGUUCCAUUCUCACAUAUAAUUGCAACGAUGAGAAAACCAAAAAUCUCGUCUGCAUUAAUGAUACUUGGCAAGACGAAUCGGGAUAUAUUGUUAGCGAUCGACCUUAUUGCGGUGACGGUGGGAAGAUGAAUGGAAUUUCGUCGUUUACCAUAUUAAUAGCUAUCCUAAUGUUAUAUUAUUAUUAUUAUUAAAGGUAUAUAUAUUUAUGUAUAUAUUUCCAUCAUGUGUUCAAACGAGGCCUUCAGCAUUCAUUUUCAACAGUCCAUCAAGUUCAUCACCAAGUAAAAUAGAAUUUAAUAUUGUUAAAUCAUUAAAAAAAAUAAUUAUUAUCUAUCAAAAUAUUUGUUAAUACUUUCAAAUUAUAAUCUUGAUGCACAUAUAAAUAUAUAAA